AUGCUGUGGCUUCCGCGCGCGAAUUCGCGCGCGAUGCGUGCUUCGUGGCGCGCGUCGCCACACCGCACGCUGGCGACGGCGAGAAAUGCGCACAAGCCAUUGGAAGCACGGGUAGUUUAUCGCGGGAGCCCGUACAUGCGCAAAACCUACUUUUUUCUCGCAGGCGCAUGUUUCGUUCUCGCAGGCCUCAACUUUGGCUCGUUCAUACAAGGGUACCUUUCCUGGCCGCUCUUUUCGCACGACCCACAAAACCCACCACAGCUCGUACGAAAAGAGCUGCGCAUCACCGCGGCUACAGGCACGGUCCUCAUUUCGAGUCUCUGUGGCUGGUACUUUCUUUAUGCGCCGAGCCGGAUGGUGACGCGCAUGACGAUAUAUCCCCAGUCCAAUACGGUAGGUGUGCGCACAGCAAGCGCCUCUCCUGCACGCUGGCUCCCAAAAUCUGUAAAGGCGUGGCCGCUUUUCCAGCGCGCAGGCCACCUUUCCACGACGGAUCCGCGCGAACGAAUACUGCCACUGCACGCCAUCUACAGACUGCAGGGAAGCGCCGUGGGCAGCGAGCAAUCGCUUUGGCAAGAACUAGCGAAGAAGCGCGUCAAGGUCCCGCACGGGAAACUCGCAAACAUCACCACGCCGAAGCAGGAUAUGCAGGAUACGUUGAUGCUGCGUGUCGGCGGCGCAAAACUCGCUUUCCAGCUCUCGGCGAUGCCGCAGCGUACGUCUGUGCUGGACGAGUCGCCAAGCCGCGGUAUCCGCGGCCUUUGCCAGCGUGCAAUGCGCAGUCCGACAGAUUGGGGCGGGGCCCACGCACCGGGCGCAGGCGCUGCUGAGCGCGCUGAAUACGCACGCCGCCAGCAGCGCGGAUUCGACUGCGAGCCCUGGUUUCUGGACCGUACCACCUUUGACCAGCUCUUCCCAUUGGACGUGACGCGCUACAAGCAGAAGAAGUAG